AUGCAGAUGGGAUGCAAGGCUGGUUGGGACAGGGACGAUGGGGACCACGCAGAUGAUUGCCUGCCGGAGGAUUCGCACUGGUGGACCAAGUCGUUCAUCCCAGGCUUCCGCGUCCUCUCGCGCGACCAACUGGCCGAUGAAGGGCCAUUUGCCGCGGGCAUGGCCUACGAGACGUUCGCCCUCUGCCCGACGCGCUACCUCGCCUAUCUUCGUAGCCAAUGCGAGGCGCGAGGCAUCUCAUGCCGCACCGGUACCGCGCCCGCGCUGUCACUCGGCGAGGAAAAAGACAAAGACGACAUCUUCGCCACGGCAGGAUUCGAAGACGUCGUCGGUAUCGUCAACUGCACGGGCGUAGCGGCGGCCAAGCUGACGGGUGACCCGCACGCCUACCCGAGCAAGGGUCAGACGGUUGUGGUCGCCGCUACGGCUCGACGCCUGGCGACCAGGCGCGGACGCGAGGGCUGGGAGGCGCUCGUGAUGCCGUGGCCGGGCACCAACGAAACCGUGCUGGGCGGCUGCAAGAUCCCCGGCGCGUGGAGCACGGAGCCCGAUGAGGCCAUCACGCGGAUGAUCCUGGAGCGGUGCAAGCCGCUGGCCCCCGAGCUGCUGAACGCCGACGGCGAGUUCGAGGUCCGCCGAGUGCGUGUCGGUCUGCGGCCGGCCCGUCACGGUGGGCCGCGCAUGGAGCUCGGGCGUUGCCGCGAUGGCAAGUUCAUCUGCCACGCCUAUGGCCACGACAGCGCCGGGUAA